GUCUCCUUAACACAGCCAAGAGCUGCUGACAUCCUGUGGCUGUGAACGUAACUUUGCUUGUCACAGUGAAAAUAACCGUUUGUCUCUUCACUUGUAGGACAGGUAACAAGUAAAAGGGACAACACAAACAUUCACACCUUGGACAGUGUCACAAACCCUAUCAGCCAAAAAUGCCUUCUCCCGGUGGGUGUUCGAGCAUUAUGGACGAGCGCAACAAGAAGGAUGGCGUGGGGUCUCCAGACAACCCAGAGAAGUGCUUAGACCAGGACUACGAGGAGCUGAAGAAGUACUGCAUCAUGAACCGCGAGAGGUUUAUUGACGACAUGUUCCCACCAGACCAGAGGUCCAUCGGGGACGGCAUCCUGCCACCUGAAGCCAUGGCCAGAGUCGUGUGGAAAAGACCUGGGAGGCUGACAGACAAUCCACAGUUCAUCUUAGAUGGAAUAUCAAGAUUUGACUUUGCCCAAGGACAACUUGGAAACUGCUGGUUCCUGGCAUCCAUUGGAACUCUGACGUUUCAGAGGCAUAUCAGGGACCAAGUCAUACCAAAGAAUCAAUCUUUCACGGAUGGCUAUGCAGGCAUAUUUCACUUUAGGUUCUGGAGAUUUGGGAAGUGGGUUGACGUGGUGAUUGACGACAAGCUUCCCACCCUUGACGGCCGGCUGAUCUUCGUGCAAUCCAAAUCUCAAAAUGAGUUCUGGUCUGCCCUGCUGGAGAAGGCUUAUGCCAAGGUGUGUGGCUCCUAUGCUGACAUGAAUGGUGGUACUGUGGCCGAGGCUCUCGUGGACUUCACCGGGGGUGUGCACAUGUGUUUCGACCUGAAGGACGCCCCAGCGGACCUCUGGGACCUGAUGUUCAGAGCGUGCCAAUCCAAGUCCCUCAUGGGCUGUGGCACACCUCAAGGAGCCACAGCAGCCAACACAGUGCUGCCCAAUGGAAUUGUGGAGGGCCAUGCCUACACCAUCACUGGAGUUCAUAAGGUAACGAGCAAUGGCCAGCCGGUUAAACUGGUCAGGUUGUUCAAUCCAUGGGGACAAGGAGAAUGGAACGGUGCCUGGAGUGAUAAAUCUGCAGCUUGGCAAACUGUGAGUUCGGAAGAACGACCAAGCAAUGCUACAUUUGGGGAAAAUGGAGAGUUUUGGAUGUCAAUGGAAGAUUUCUGCAAUAGCUACAAUGACAUGGACAUCUGCUGCUUGUGUCCUGAUUUCCUGGAUGGCUCUUCCGAAUGCCACUGGACGUCCAAGUUUCGUGAGGCCCGCUGGGUCGCCGGAAGGAAUGCUGGUGGUUGCAUGAACUACCCAGAUUCAUUCUAUACCAACCCUCAGUACCGCAUCACCAUUGAUGCUGUGGAUGACGAGUGCAGCGCUGAGCAGGGCCCCAACAACAUGUUGGUGUCCCUUAUGCAGAAGCCAGACAAGAGGAACAGACGCCUUGUCAAGAGCCUCUACAUCGGCUUCUCCAUCUUCAGCGUGUGUUUGAGUCUCUUUCCUAUCCAUUCUCAAUCUUGUCUUUUGUGCCUAUGGCAUAUUCACCAUGGAGACUCAUUUCAGUGCUGGUGUCAAUCUUCAUUCUUCAAGUACAAAGGGACAAGAGGAAAGCUGCCUGCAGAGUUCUUUCAGAGACCGCCUGUGGCCUCCAGCAAAAACUACUUGAACGCUCGAGAAGUCAUGGCGUUCUUCAGGCUGGAGCCAGGAGACUAUGUCGUCGUUCCCUCGACUUUCAAGCCCAAUGAAACGGCCUCUUUCAUCCUGGCCAUCCUGUCCAAGUCUGAGAACCACUUUGAGGACGGUUCACAUGACCAUGAUCAUGGAAAGCCUACUAAAGAAGAAAAAGGCAGCGAGCAUGGUGAGCAUGGCGAGCAUGGUGAUGAGGAUGACUCCAAACCAACCUUACUCCGACAGUACUCCAACCAGUUUGAGGAAGUGGGAGCUGAGCUACUGCAGAACAUUCUCAAUGAAAGACUUCUCCCAGGGAAGUCUCCAGGCUUUGGCAUAGACACAUGCCGCAGCAUGGUCUUCUGCGUGGACAAGACAUGCAAAGGCUAUCUGGACCGCCAAGAGUUUGAGCGGAUGUGGAGCAAAAUCUCCAAGUAUGCUAGUGUUUUCAAUCAGGCUGUUAUGGAAAAGGACGGUGUCCUCCCCGUUACUGAACUGAGUUAUACGCUGACUGCUGUAGGUAUACAAGUAAGCGACAGCAUGCUAAACCAAUUGGCAUUCCGCUAUGGUAGUCAAGGCAACCUGAACCUGGAGAGCUUCCUGACUCUCGUCCUGCGUCUGAAGUGCAUGUUCACGCUGUUUGAUCGGUGGUCCAAUGGAAUUGCCAUUAGUCUCCAGGAGAAUGAGGAAAACAUGAAGCCCCUGAAUAACUACAGUAGCCAUGGCUAGGGAGUUGGACUCUAGAUCACAGGAUUGCAGGUUCGAAACCGGCCCUCACCAUUCCGUAGACCUCAAUCCAUGGCAGAAGUGCCCUUGACCAAGGCACUUAACCGGGGCUCUAACCAAUAGCCUGUAAAUCGCUUCGGAUAAAAAAGC